CAUUAAAGUUAUAUAUUUGUAUAUAAAAAAUUAUUUUAAAAAUAAUAAUAACACGUAAUAUAAACAAUAAUUGAUUGCAUUCAGUAUUGAUGCAAGCAAACUUAAUUUAAAACUUAGUAUAUUAGUUAAUUUUAUUUAAGUUAUAACUAAAUAAUAUUGUCAUAAUUAUGUCGGACGAUGAUGGAUCCGCUAUGGAUUUAUGUGAAUGCGUUUGGGGCCAUGAAAUGGCAAUGAGACGUUUAUUGUCUUUACUGCGGCAAUCUCAAUCUCUUUGCACGGACACAGAAUGUUUCAAUCCUACAUCUCAGCAACAACAAUUAAAUAAUAACAAUGCAGACGCCAACUUAUUGAUGAUAAGUUUAAUGAUUGUUUUCGCUCUUGCAUUGUAUUUAUUACGACCACGAUCAAUAACCAAUUCCAAUACUGAUCAUAUAAAAAAACCUUCAAAUCCCAAUUCUGAAUUUGGACCGGAUCCAAACGGACCAUCAUCACCACCUCCUCCGCCACCAUCAAGUACAUUUUGAUUAUUAUGGGUGGGAUCAAAUAAAUAAUAUAAAUAAAUAAAUAUCUAUUAAAUUACAAAUAUAUAAAACUGUAUUUAU